CUCAAGCAUCUUCACAACGUCUAGUACCUAUUUACCCGGCGCCAAAGUAGCGCGCAGCUUGAAAGACUAGACCCGAGGGCUUCUUGGGUACUGCAAAGAGGAAGAUGCAUAUCAAAUCUAUUAUUAUAGAAGGCUUCAAGUCUUAUGCUCAGAGAACUGAAAUAAAUGGCUUUGAUCCACUCUUCAAUGCUAUUACCGGACUUAAUGGCAGUGGCAAAUCUAACAUCCUUGAUUCCAUUUGUUUCCUUCUGGGCAUCUCAAACCUUACACAGGUUAGAGCCUCCAAUCUGCAGGAUCUUGUGUACAAAAAUGGUCAAGCCGGGAUAACUAAAGCCACGGUUUCAAUCACCUUUGAUAACCAUGAUAAAACACAGAGCCCUCUGGGAUUUGAGGCACACAAUGAGAUUACUGUGACAAGACAGGUCGUAAUCGGUGGCAGAAAUAAAUAUUUAAUCAAUGGUGUUAAUGCCAACAACACUCGAGUACAAGAUCUAUUUUGCUCCGUGGGUCUUAAUGUCAACAAUCCUCACUUUCUCAUCAUGCAGGGAAGGAUUACCAAAGUUUUGAAUAUGAAGCCUCCAGAGAUUCUUGCAAUGAUUGAGGAAGCAGCGGGCACCAGGAUGUAUGAAUGCAAGAAAAUAGCUGCCCAGAAAACUAUUGAGAAGAAAGAAGCCAAGCUAAAGGAAAUUCAGACUAUCCUGGAGGAAGAGAUCACUCCAACCAUACAUAAGCUUAAAGAGGAAAGGUCCUCCUAUUUGGAGUACCAGAAAAUCACAAGAGAAAUUGAACAUCUAAGCCGUCUUUAUGUAGCUUAUCAGUUUGUUUGCGCAGAGGAGACCAAGGUCCGCUCUGCAGAGGAACUGAAGGAUAUGCAAGAGUCUAUACUGAAGUUUCAGGAGACUAUAGCAGAGAAUGAGCGAAGAAUAAGAGAACUGAGCAAAGAGAUAGGAGAGCUGGAGAAAAAGCGAGACCAGGAAAUUGGAGGGGCAUUGAGAUCUAUGGAAGAAAGCCUCGCAGAGGCUCAGAGAACUGAUACCAAAGCUCAGAGUGCCUUGGAUCUUGUAAAACAAAACCUGAAAGGAGAAGAGAAGAAGCGCAAGGAUUUGGUAAAGAGCAUGGAAGACGAUGCCAAGGCUGUGAUCAACAAGGAGAAGGAAGUUAAGAAGAUAACAGACAAUUUUAGCUCCUUGCAGGAGACCAGCCAGAAGGAUGGAGAGGCUUUCACUGCUGCUCAGCAACAUUUCAACGCUGUCUCUGCUGGGCUGUCCAGCAAUGAGGAUGGUGAAGAGGCUACACUUGCUGGACAGAUGAUGGCUUGUAAGAAUGACACUAGCAAAGCAGAAACAGAGGCUAAGCAGGCUCAGAUGAAAUUAAAGCAUGCACAGCAGGAAUUAAAGACCAAACAGGCUGAGGUAAAAAAGAUGGACAGUGGCUACAAGAAGGACAAUGAGGCUUUUGAAGCAGUAAAGAAAAAUAAAGAAAAACUUGAAGAAGAAAUUAAGAAACUGAACUAUGAAGAUGGCAAAGAAGAACAGCUUUUGGAAAAGCGAAGAGAUUUGUCUAGAAAUGUAGGACGCUUAAGGGAAGCUUAUGAAUCAUUAAUGUCACGUUACUCCAGCCUUCGCUUUGAUUACAGGGAUCCAGAAAAGAACUGGGAUAAGAAUCGUGUGAAGGGACUUAUUGCUUCAUUGAUAACUGUCAAAGAUCCUUCCUCUGCAACAGCUUUAGAAGUGGUGGCUGGAGGGCGGUUGUACAAUGUUGUUGUGGAUACAGAAGUCACAGGUAAAAAAUUGCUGGAAAAAGGAGAGUUAAAACGCCGACUCACUAUCAUUCCACUUAAUAAAAUUUCAGCUCGCCGCUUAGGAAAUGAUACAGUUAAUGUUGCCAAAAACUUGGUGGGAGCUGACAAUGUGCAUCUGGCUCUUUCUUUGGUGGGUUAUGAGUCAGAGCUGCAAAAAGCUAUGGAGUAUAUCUUCGGAACUACAUUAGUGUGCGAUACCAUGGACAAUGCAAAAAAAGUGACAUUUGACAAAAGAAUAAUGACUAAAUCUGUUACACUUGGCGGAGAUACCUUUGAUCCACAAGGAACAUUAAGUGGAGGUGCUCGUUCCCAAGCUCCUUCAGUGUUAUCAAAGAUUCAAGAGAUUAAAGCGAUUCAGGAUGAAUUAAGAACAAAAGAGACAGAGCUGCAAACCAUUGAGAGAGAAUUGGCUGCACUGAAAAAUACAGCUGAAAGAUAUCGCCAACUAAAGCAGCAAUGGGAAACAAAGUCUGAAGAAGCUGAUCUUCUCCUUACAAAACUCCAGCAGAGUUCCUAUCACAAGCAGCAGGAGGAAAUGGAGACAUUGAAGCAAACAAUUGAUGAGUGUGAAGAAACUCUAAAGACUACAAAGGAGAUACAGAAAAAGGCAGAAGAGAAAUACAAGGUUCUCGAGCACAAAAUGAAAAACGCAGAAGCUGAACGUGAGAAAGAACUAAAAGAGGCUCAGCAGAAGCUAGAUGCAGCCAAAAAGAAGGCUGAUGCCUCCAGUAAGAAGAUGAAGGAGAAACAGCAGGAGGUGGAUGCUCUUAUGUUAGAACUGGAGGAAAUGAAGAAAGAACAGACAACCUAUCAACAGCAGAUUGAAGCAGUGGAUGAAGCCAUUAAAAACUACCAAGGGCAAAUAGACAGCAUGGCAGCUGGUGUAGCAAAGAACAAGGAAAUUGUCAAGAAAGCUCAGGAGGAGCUGGCCAGGCAAAAAGAGAUCAUCAUGGGCCAUGACAGAGAAAUUAAGAGCAAGGCUUCAGAAGCUGGCAAGAUGAAGGAAAGCAAUAACGACAUCCAGCUCAAAAUAAAAGAGCUAGAACACAAUAUCAGUAAACACAAAAAGGAUAGUGCUGAUGCUACUGCAAGGGUUGCCAAAAUGCUAAAUGAUUAUGAGUGGAUUGCCUCCGAAAAGCAUCUUUUUGGCCAAGAAAACACAGCUUAUGAUUUCAAAACAAACAACCCUAAGGCAGCAGGGCAGAGGUUACAAAAACUACAAGAAAUGCAGGAAAAGCUAGGACGGAAUGUUAACAUGAGAGCAAUGAACAUGUUGACACAAGCAGAAGAAAGGUACAAUGACCUAAUGAAAAAGAAGAGAAUUGUGGAGAAUGACAAGUCAAAAAUUUUGGAUACUAUUGAAGAGCUUGACCAGAAGAAAAAUGAGGCUUUGAAAAUUGCCUGGCAAAAGGUGAACAAAGACUUUGGUUCCAUCUUCUCAACUCUGUUACCUGGGGCAAAUGCCAAGCUGGCGCCUCCUGAAGGCAAGAAUGCAUUGGAUGGGCUGGAGUUCAAGGUCGCAUUGGGCAGCACGUGGAAAGAAAAUCUGACCGAAUUAAGUGGUGGACAGCGGUCACUUGUGGCUUUGUCUCUUAUAUUGGCCAUGUUACUUUUUAAACCUGCGCCAAUAUAUAUUCUGGAUGAAGUUGAUGCUGCCUUGGACCUCUCUCAUACGCAGAAUAUUGGUCAGAUGCUUCGGACACACUUCCGACACUCACAGUUCAUUGUUGUCUCUCUGAAAGAUGGAAUGUUUAACAAUGCCAACGUCCUGUUCAAGACCAAGUUUGUGGAUGGAGUAUCCACAGUAGCCAGAUUUGCUCAGAAUCAAAAUGGCGGUAAUGCGGCUUCCCAACAAAAAAUGGACAAGAGCAGAUCAAAGGACAAAAGAAACCGCAUGCAAGUUGAUGAAUGAGAUUUUAAAAGUUGUAUACAAGAGCCUUUACUAUUAACUUAAUUUCUUAUGUCUGUCUUCCUGCCUUCUAAUGUGCAUAGAUUCCUUUGUACAUAUUUUCUUGUCUCGUAUCAAUUAAGAUGCAUUAUUAAUUUCCAUAUUCAGAAGCUCAAUACAUCUGCAUGAUUCCUGUAUUAAACAUCUUGUCAAAUUUUAUGUUUUCUUCUAUUUUGUUUUUUAUUUUUUGACUAUUCAGGAACAUUUUUCAGAUGAGCUAUAUGUAUAUCCAACCUUUUUUUUUUAAUAUAAAUAAAGCAUUUCCAAACCCCUUUC